AAGUGCGAUGACGUCACCGUCGGAGCAGAGGGCCACGUGAUCUAUCCACCUGUGCUCAGCCUUGUUUCGUAGCUGCUGGUUCGAGUCGCCGUUGAGGGAUCAAUUCAAACCUGCUUUCUUUUUUAAAACAAAGGGACGAUGAACAUUUUUUAAACACAAGUUUUACUAAUGACACUCCUGUGUAUGGCGUGUGUUUGAAUUGAAAGUUCUGCCGUAGUUUUGUUUUCUGCGUGGACUUCGCCCUCGCGAGGCACCUGUUCUAACAAGGAAGUGGAGCGCUCAGGCCGGGAAGUGAAAACAUCCUCUGUGAGCGUCGGUGGCUGCAUGUCCUCGGUUAAAGCUGUGAAACGGGACUUUAGUUGUGGUCGCUGACUCUUUACUGCUGACCUGAAAGUCCCGGCUGUUGACAGAGCCGUCUAAACUGGGUCGAGCUGCACACACCGGAACAAGAUGAAUUCAACUGAAAACAAUUCAAUUGUUCAUCUGGAUGCUGCAUUUUUCUCAGACAAGUCUGACAACAUGACCAUAUUACGAACAAGUAAUGGGUCAAUCAUAGAGGGUCAGAUGUUCUUAAACACCACUGCUGCUCAGGCCCUCUCAGGGAUCUUCGUCUGGUCUGCCCUGCUCCUAACAUGCCACCAGAUCUAUACACACCUUCGAUUCUACACUGUCCCUAAGGAGCAGCGUUACAUCAUCCGCAUACUCUUCAUCGUUCCAGUUUAUGCCUUUGAUUCUUGGCUCAGCCUCCUUUUCAUCAGCAACGACCAGUACUACGUAUACUUUGAUUCUGUUCGAGAUUGCUACGAAGCAUUUGUCAUCUAUAACUUCCUGAGCCUGUCCUUUGAGUAUCUGGGAGGAGAGAGUGGAAUCAUGUCCGAGAUCCGAGGGAAACCCAUACAGUCAAGCUGUCUGUACGGGACAUGUUGUCUCGUUGGAAUGAGUUACUCCAUCGGCUUUUUAAGAUUCUGCAAGCAGGCGACUCUCCAGUUCUGCGUUGUCAAACCCAUCAUGGCAGUCAUCACCAUCAUCCUGCAGGCCUUUGGCAAAUAUCAUGACGGAGAUUUUAAUGUGAAUGGAGGGUACCUCUACAUCACAAUCAUCUACAACUUUUCCGUCAGCCUGGCCCUCUACGCUCUCUUCCUCUUCUACUUUGCUACAAGUGACCUUCUCCGGCCGUAUGAACCGGUGCUCAAAUUUCUCACGAUUAAAUCCGUCAUCUUCUUGUCCUUCUGGCAAGGAAUGGUUCUCGCCAUUUUGGAACGCUGCGGCGUCAUUCCCAAUGCCCUUUUUAUUGACGGACAGGAAGUCGGAGCGGGCACCGUUGCAGCCGGUUGGCAGAACUUCAUUAUCUGCAUUGAAAUGUUCUUUGCUGCCAUCGCCCUCCGAUACGCCUUCACCUGUACGGUUUACCAGGAGAAGAAAAGAGACGUGCCAGAAAUCAUUCCCCCGAUGCAGAGCAUCUCCAGCGGUCUGAAGGAAACCAUAAAUCCAGGAGAUAUGGUUCAGGAUGCCAUUCACAACUUCUCCCCAGCCUAUCAACAGUACACUCAGCAAUCCACUCAGGAGGUCGCCCAGCCCAGCACUAAUGGAAAAGUGGCCACAGGCAACAAGAGCUCUCGCAAGUCUGACAAAAUCAUGCUGAUUGCAUCUGAUGAUGAGUUCUAGGCGUUUUUCCUGCAUUAUCCAGGUGUUUGUGCACUCUCCAACCUUAUCUCUGACCUCCCGGGGAAACAGCUUGCAUAUCUGACAGAGCUGGAUUGAAUCCAGGUGUUUUUUCAUCAUCCCAGUAUUUUAAAUGAACUGCCUGCUUCUGUCCUGUUUCAAUGAUAAUUUGAGCAGAAAACGUUGGUGAAAUGUAGCCUUUUUUUGUGUAAAUGAGUACUCAGAGGGCAGAUCUGUCCCCAUCUUGCUGUGAUAACCUGGAAAACGACGUGUCAUCUUCACUUCAUCACAGACGUCUGGAGCCACGCGUUUUCUUUAAAUCAAGCUGCUGGCUUUUCAGCUGCGUCCGCAAUGCCGGUUUUGUUUUGUCAGUGUGCCACGCUGCUCUCUGGCUGUCUGAAGUGCGUUCUCUCUGAGUCACGUCGCUUUCAAAGAGAUGAUUAAUGUUCGACUCCAGGUGGGAGGCGGGGAAGCCAGCGAUGGCGGAGAAUGGCACUUCAUGGACCCUUUCUCACUCAUCUGCUUGUUUGAAGUAUUUGCUGAGCAUUCCUCUGCGUGGUUUCCUGACAAAUGAAAGGAAUUAUUCAAAGACACAUUAGUUUUGAAGCAGGCGAUUCAGACUGCGGACUGCACUUCACGAUCCUUUGUAUCCAGCAGAACAGGAACACAUUAGCUGCAUCUGUCUUCUGCAGGGUGGGAGUUCAGAUCGUCUCGUUAAUUCUGUCGCCGUGCUAAAGAGUCGCAUUAAAUCAAACUACAUCUUCAUUCACCACACGCUGACGAUUAAUAUUCUUUAUUUGUACUAUAGUAACUGUUUUAGUAGGUUUUCUGAUGAGAUUCAUGUCACCACUUGUGAUCCCUUGUUUCAGGGAUUUUUUUGUGCAAAUUUUAAUUAGUGUUAAACAUACUUUUGAAAAUGUUGUAUUUGUGCUAAAAGUGUGUUUUGAUUUUAGAUUGUGAACAUUUUAUUGUAUUUAUUGUGUAAAGUCCAAAAUAUUCAGAGACAAGAGAAGCAGAGAUUGUGGCUUUUUAAAAACCUCUCAGGGCUUUUGUUUUUUAUUUUUGUUUUGUACAUUAAAUCCUAUUUUUCAGUUUUUAUACCCUUUGGUGCCAACAGUGGAGGUCUCUCUGGUGAUGCAGACAUUGGGUACGAAAGGCUUUUCAGUAGUCUAGUUUUUCUGGGUCUCUCUUGGCUUGAAUGUAAAAUAAAUCCACUGUUGGGUCUAA